AUGGGGUUCAAGAGGUUGAUCCUGGGGCUCACGUCUGCCAUCCCAUUGGGAUCACUCUUAUCCCUUGGCAUGGUGCGUGUAGUCUAUGCUCUUGGAUUUAGGUGGUAUGUGUCAGCUUCAUCUUAUGUCACUGGCUUUGCCUGGAUUGCAUGCUCUUAUGUGCUUCCUGAUCAAGCAGCAAAAGGAUGUAUUGCAGCAGCGUUGCUGUUUGGAGCCAAUGUCUUCAUAUCUGCACAUGGAGGCUCUGGGCAAUAUACUGCUGAUAUAAGUCCUGUUAAGCGUGACCCUGGUACAGUCCAGAUGAUUCACUGGGCAGAAGAGGGCGCAGUAUAUGACUUCGUCAACACCAUUGCCCUUACAUAUGACUGGCAUUUUGUGCACGCAGUUGAUCAGCCAAUGAACGUCACUGUGCGGCGUCUACCCGACGGAAGGAUCCAUGCGUGGACUCAGGGAUUCUCCUUAAUGGAGUGUGGAGACUCUGGAGAACAAUGCCCAGAAACCACCCUUCAAGAAAGGUCUAAUGCUGUUACAUAUUCAACUAUUGAGGAGUUGGACUUUAGCUUCUCAGAGCCUUCUGGAUAUGGAACGAAAUCACAGACAUGGGUCAGUGGCGCAGCAAGUGGAGCAGCAGGCUUUGUUGUUGGCGAACCACAGGGCACAUAUUCAUUCUGCUCUAACGCACUGACUGUGAACAACUUGAAUGCUGAAGUGGCAUUUAAUUUCAGCCCAAGAUUUCGUGUUUUCCUCGCUCUCACCGUCUAG